AUGAGCCAGGAAGGUCGCGGCAAAGGUUCGCAGAGCAUGCGCUCGGCGGCCACGGUGCGCCGCCUGCUAAUGUACAAGCAGAAGCCCGUCCGCGACAAGAAAGGGAAGCUCAUCAAGCAAGACCUGCAAAGUAAGGAGUUGCCAAGCACGCGCAUUGUUCCCGACCGCCGCUGGUUCGGAAACACUCGCGUCAUCGGGCAAAAGCAGCUCGAGGAGUUCCGUGAGGACAUGGCGCAAAAGUCGAAGGAUGGGUACACGGUGCUCAUCAAGCAAAAGAAGCUGCCGCUGUCUCUGCUGGCGGACCCGGAGAAAGGCCGCACGAGGCGUGUCAACCUCCUGGGCACGUCCCCGUUUUCAGAGACGUUCAGCGCGGGACGUCGGCAGAAGAAACCGAAACUCGCUACUGACGAUCUGGCCACAAUGGCAGCACGCGCCGCCGCGCACAACGAGGCAUACGCUGAAGGUGUGGAAGCUGGGGCAAUCACGGAUCGCGAUUUGGUAAGACAGAACGAUGGCGUUGUGGAUGCCGCAAAGGGAUCUCUAUUUGAGAAAGGGCAGUCAAAACGCAUCUGGGGAGAGCUUUACAAGGUGGUAGACUCCUCCGACGUUAUUAUUCAGGUGCUUGACGCGCGAGAUCCGAUGGGCACGAGAUGCCACCACCUUGAGUACCACUUGAAGAAGGAUGCGAUGAAGCGGCAUAAGCACGUCAUACUCCUUCUUAAUAAGGUGGAUCUUGUUCCCGCUUGGGUAACGAAGAGAUGGCUUCACGUACUGUCCAGAGAGUAUCCAACACUAGCGUUCCACGCCUCAGUGACCAACCCUUUUGGUAAGGGCGCAGUUUUGUCGUUGCUCCGCCAGUUCUCCCGCUUGCGCAUGGACAAGCAGAACAUUUCUGUCGGAUUUGUUGGAUAUCCCAACGUUGGGAAAUCUUCCGUGAUCAACGCACUGAGAACUAAGAAGGUGUGCGUAACGGCUCCUAUCCCCGGCGAGACGAAGGUUUGGCAGUACGUGAAUCUCACCAAGCGUAUCUUCCUCAUAGACUGUCCAGGUGUCGUAUACCAUGACACCGAGGACAGUGACACGGACGCUGUGCUCAAGGGAGUGGUGCGCAUCAGCGCGCUCGAGGAUGCAUGGGAGCACAUACCUGAUGUCGUAGCGAGAGUUAAGCCGGACUAUUUACGCCGUGCGUAUAAGGUGCAAUCAUGGGAGUCUCCAGAAGACUUCCUUCAACAAGUGGCAAGGCUUACUGGUCGACUUCUGAAGGGGGGUGAACCUGAUCUCAAUACUGCGGCAAAGAUGGUAUUACAUGACUGGCAGCGCGGUCGCAUUCCUUAUUUCGCUCCACCCCCG